AUGUCAUUUGGGCCUUACCCUGCGCUCUCAAGCAGACUAGUUCGCUGCAAAUCAGGAGUCAAGUCAUACCCUUGCUUCAUGAACGCAAACUGUGUUGUAACUGGUGGAUUGCCACUAAAACAUCUCGUGACCAUGUUUGAUUUAAGAUUGCUCGCUCCCAGACUUGCACAGAGCUACCAAGGUCUUCAUCCAACUCCGAUCUCUGCAAUUCCAGAUGAGAAUGGAGAACUAUGCAAGUCUGCAGAGGCACAGAGUGAUCAUUGGUUCCAAGAUUUCCGAAAUGUCCUAAACAUUGAAGCCGCUUUGACAUCUCUGUGUUCGGCUCUCUGGCAGGAACGUUCAUGCACUGAUCAGAUCUUCACGGUGAAGCAAAUUAUUGAAAAGAUAAAUGAGCAUAGAACAUCUGGUGUCCUUGUUUUUAUUGACUUGAGAAAAGCCUAUAAUUUUGUGGAGGGGCCUGAAAGUGCAUGGGCAUGUUUUCCCGAGUACACGUUGACGGCGGUCACACUGAGCAGUUUGCUAUUUGAAAUACCUGUUUAUGACAUCGGAUGGUACAAAUGGAGUGUGUCAUUUCUUACUUGGGACGUGGAUAAAAGCAAGAUAUUUUUUACUAAACACUGGACACAUGGUCCCUUUGAUGCUGUGAAGGUAGAUGGCAAGAUAUUUGGCAGGGGCAGUCAGGAUAUGAAGUGUGUCUCUAUUCAGUAUCUGGAGGCUAUUCGAAAGCUGAAGGCUGAAGGCAUUCAGCCUCUUCGAACAAUUCACCUGACUUUUACUCCCGAUGAAGAAAUUGACAGUCAGAAGGGAAUGAAGGUGUUUGUCCAGUCACCAGAAUUCAAAGCUCUUAAUAUUGGCUUUUCUCUUGAUGAAGGUCUUGCUAAUCCAACUGAUUCAUUUACUGUUUUCUGUGGGGAGAGAGCACCAUGGCGUAUGUAUGUGAGGUGCACUGGUAAUACAGGACAUGGUUCAAUGCUUAUUCCUAAUACUGCUGCAGAGAAGCUUCAUAAGAUCAUAGGAAAGUUUCUUGAAUUUAGGCGUUCUCAGGAAGAACGGUUGAAAUCAGACCCUAGUCUGAAAAUUGGCGAUAUCGUUGGUGUAAACUGGACACUUGCAGAGGCUGGUGUGCAAUUUAACGUUAUUCCACCAGAAAUGAUGGCAGGGUUUGACCUUCGUAUUCCUCCAACCAUGCCCCAUGAGAAAAUGGAAGCCUUGAUUGAAAGUUGGGUGAAGGAAGGUGGUGAAGGAUGCCGCUAUGAGUUCUUUGCAAAACAUCCUGACCAAACAGUUACUCCAACAACUGAUGACAAUCCAUGGUGGAAAGCAUUUAGAUCUGCUUGUUACGCACUGGAAAUGAAAUUGGAUAUUAGCAUCUUUCCUGCUGCAACAGAUAGUCGAUAUUUACGUCAGGUUGGCAUACCUGCCUUGGGAUUUUCACCCAUCAACAACACUCCCAUAUUGCUUCACGAACACAAUGAAUAUCUAUAUGAGGAUGGCUUCCUUAAAGGAAUUGAUAUCUACAGCAAAAUCAUCCAUGCCUUGGCUGACGUUCUAAGUUUUUGAAGUUGAUCAAUGUACUAACAGUAUCUACUGUACCUUGUAUUUUAGUCUUUGCUCUGGUAAUGGUUAAUAAUGCAUCAA